AUGUUUGUAUUGACCUUCCAAAGUCCAAAGUCCAUAGGAUCUCCUCAAGGCGACACACUUAGGAGCUUGAAUAUGAACGUUUGUUGACAAAUACUGCAGCCAAUCCCUACGCGCUAUUUCCAGGUCGAGUCCCCUCUGGUCAAUGUCUUCGUGGUGCCGAGGCAGAUCAUCCAUCUUUAGAAAUCUUCUCCACCUUCUGACUUGACCAGCCUAUACCACGUCGGCUCCAGCCGAAGCGCUGUCCGGGUUCCACGGGAGACUGAUCGAACCCCUGUUGGAUGCCAAAGAUUAACAUCAAGAUCAGGGCCAUCUCGCGGUGCUGGCGUUGCUUUCAAAUUUGGAUCCAAGUUCCACGAAGCAAGGGCCGUGUCAACGGAGAGCACGAGAAUCAUUCCAUGCAUGAUUCUUCAACCCGCGCCAAGAUUGAAUCUGGAAUCGUGCAUGCUGAUGGUCUUCCCAGAAGGACUGCGUGCAGUACCCAUCACCUUUCUCACACCCUCAUCAGAGAAGCAGAUUCCUGAUGUGGUAGACACUCCUGUCCAUCAGAGAUGA